UUAAAAUUAUACUCAUUUCUAAUUAGCUCUUAAGAUGAGGAAGAUCAUUGAGAAUACUUUCAUAUGAAUCAAGUCUUCCAAGUAAUCCGCUUGAGUGGCGUAUGGAAUCUGCCGGGAGGAAUCUCGGAGCGCGGGGCAGCAGGCGGCUGGGAAGGUUUUAACGCGGUGCGUGGCGCGUUGGAAUCCGCCGUUCUGAAUACAAACGGUCGGCGCGCGAGGUGCCCUGGACGCAGGCUUCUGUGCUCAGGGGCUGGUGCUGGAGCCGCGUUCUGCCCAGUGCCUCGGGCUACAUCUGCUCCCUUUUCCUCUUCUUUCCGCUUUGGGCCAGGCUCCUCGCGAACCCUCAGGGCUGUUCUCCCUUUUGGGCAGAAGUCGCGGGUCUGAGGUCCCCGCCGAGGCUCCUGGCGUGCCCGAAUGACCAGCUAAAGCAAAGCAAGAAUAGUCCCCCCCUAUGCCUUUCCUAGGUGAAAAGUUAGAUUGAGUUGAAGCUGAUUCUAAUGAUAAAUAAUGGCAACAGGUGAUGUGAAAAGAAGCUUAAGGAAGCUAGAACAAGUGCUUCGUUCACUAAAUUACCCUAAAGAGGUGGAUUAUGUAGGUCUGAUAAAGGGAGACACAGCAGCAUCUUUGCCCAUUAUUAGCUAUUCUCUUACCUCAUAUUCACCUUAUAUCACAGAACUUCUGAUGGAAUCCAAUAUAGAGCUCAUGGCAAAGAAUGACGUACGCUUCACAGAUACUGUCUAUAAGCUUCUUCGUGAUCAAUUUGAUUAUAAACCAAUUUUGACAAAAAAGCAAUUUAUACAAUGUGGAUUUGCUGAAUGGAAAAUCCAAAUUGUUUGUGAUAUAUUGAAUUGUGUGAUGAAAAAGCACAAGGAAUUGACUGGUCUUGAUAAGAUUACAUCGCACCAAGGAAAGAAAAUUAUGUCUGAUAAGCCAGAACCUUGUUCAACCACUGAGAAAACACUUGCCACGGCUGUUGGCAUUGAUGUUACUGGCAGGUUUAUAACUUCAGGAAAGAAGAAAGCUGUGGUGAUCCGGCACCUGUAUAAUGAAGGUAAUGUUGGAACUUCUGAAGAUGCAUUGAGUUCAGCAACAGAUGUUAGUGAAGGAUGUGAUGAAGCAGAUGAGAAAAUUUCUGAAAUACUGAUUCCUGAAGUCAAAUUCUGUGAACUCGAGGCCAACCCACAAGACAUAAAUGAUAGUCCUGAGAUUGCUGCACUUCAGACCAUGUUUGCUGAAUGCCAAGAGAAGCUUAAGAAGCUGACUUGGAUAGAGAAAAGGCUUGACUGCUUGGAAGAAGCAGUGAAAGGGAAAGUGAUGGUAGAGGAGAAAGCCUGGAAUAAUCUUCUGAGUCGUGUCACUCUUCUUGAAACAGAGCUAAUUUUGUCUAGAAAGAACGAAUACAAAGAGCUUAGUGCAGCAUGUGAAGACUAUGGUUCUGUCAGUGAGGUGGAUAUUGGGCCCUUUGAUAAAAAAAAAAGUAGUGUGGAGCAACCAGCAAGUAUUCAUCUGUCGUCUAGUUAUAGUACAGUAUCACCAGAUUCAACUCCUAGAAGCAUGACUAUUAAUAAUUAUUAUGGUUUGAAAGACAUUUCAGAGGAAACAACAAUCCAGAAAAUGGAAAGGAUGAAAAAAAUGUUUGAAGAGACUGCAGAAUUACUGAAAUGCUCAAGUCACUAACUGUAGAGUGUUCUGCAUGAAGUUCUCUAAGAGUUUGGCUACUUUUAUAUAUUGUCUGUUUUAAGAAUUCCUUAUAUAAUUUUAAUAUACUGAAAUAUUUUAUUAAGGAUUUGGGUUCUGUUUGGUAUGUGAGUUUUUUCAUUAUUGAAUAAAUACAUCAAUAUUUUAAAACUA